UGUUAUUUCUCCUUUUUCUUUCUUUUGCACUCUUUAUUAAAUUCUUCCCAAGACGGCGCCGUCCCCCAUAUCAUUAAAGAAACAAAAGAAAACUCGAUUCCCCACGUUCUCUUUCCAUUCUUCCAACUUACUCUGCUCCUUUCCUCGCAUCUUCCUCUGUUACUCACAACAUCCCAUUUCUUAUUUCAGAGCAGAACGAAUAAAGGGUGGAGAGAAACAGAAACCAAUUGCCUAUUGGUUCAUCUAAAUCUAAAAUUGUAUAAAAAAAAAUUGUUAAAAAGUUUUUUAAAAUGUUCUUUCUGAUUUACACCUCAAGUUCUAAAAAGCAAAAUGUUAUAUGUAUAAAAAGUUAGUCGUUCUCUUCAACUUCUCAUCUGGGGUCUUUGGUUUUCGUUUUCUUUUCCAUUCUUUUACUGAUAUUGAAUCAAUUAACUAAUACAGAAAUAAAUACUAAAUAGAACAGAAAAGUGCUGCUUGUUUGGUUUCGAUUUGCCAUUAUCCUGCAUACUUGCUUUUGGCAACAUUUCAACAGCUGGGGUUCUGAGAAAAAUCCAAUCAAAUCAAAGGUUGACCAUAAAUACCAACAGAUCCUCCAACAUCUUCUUCUUCUUUCUUCUUCUUUUUGCUGCCUCAGUCUCAGUCUCUGGACCAGACGUCAAAUACUUGGUUAACUUUUAUGUUAAAGGAUCGAUUAGUUCAGGAGUCUUGAGUUAAUGGCUGGCCUAAUGACUUCUUCACAGUCCUUGGCGUAGACCUCAAGCUUUGAGUUAGUUAAGUGUUGUGCUGAGCGAUAGGUCUCUGUGUGACAGAGAAAAGUAAACAAAAAAAAAUGCCCUACAUGCAAAUGGAGCCUGAAGAGAAACAUGUAAUACCAUCUUCUCAAAUGGUGUUGAAAUCCCUACAUGGAUUAAAGGAUGCUGAAAAGACUAGUUUAUGGAGAAGAAAAGGAAAGAGGAGAGCAAAAGGAUCUGCCAUGGAAGGACUCAAGCAAGAGGAGCUUGAUCCAAAUCUGGAGUUUCCCUCUUCCACAUCUUCCAGCAAAAGCUUAAUGUUUCCCAGCAGGCCAGGCUUUGGCCAGCUGGGGACUAAAUGCUUGGUUAAAGCCAAUCACUUCCUGGCAAAAAUACCUGAAUCAGACAUAAGUCACUACACUGUUAUGAUAACCCCAGAAGUUACUUCUCGAAAAAUGAAGAAGAAUAUAUUGACUGAGUUGGUCAAACAUUAUAGAAGCACAGAACUGGGGAUGAGACUGCCAGUGUAUGAUGGAGGAAGAAACCUGUACACAGCCGGAUUGCUGCCUUUCACAUCAAAAGAGUUCACUGUCAUUUUGGCUCAUGAGGAAGAGGGGACAACCAAUCCCAGGGAACGAGAAUUUAAAGUGCAGAUAAAGUUCGUAAGUUUGGCUAGUAUGCACCAGUUACGAGAAUUACUUGCUGGCAAACAAGUUAAUAACCCUCAAGAUGCUUUGGCCAUUAUUGACAUAGUCUUGAGGGAGCUUCAUGCUCAAAGAUAUAUAUCAGUUGGGCGAUUCUUUUACUCUCCCUGCAUUAAGAAACCUCAGCAUGUUGGGGGUGGUUUGCAAGCAUGGCGUGGUUUCUAUCAAAGCAUCCGACCUACUCAAAUGGGAUUGUCACUAAAUAUUGACAUGUCAUCCACUGCAUUCUUUGAAGCAAUCCCUGUCAUUGAUUUUGUUGCUCAAAUUCUGAAGAAAGAUGUGUAUACUAGACCAUUGUCCGAUGCUGAUCGUAUCAAGGUUAAAAAAGUACUAAGGGGUGUAAAAGUUGAAGUUACACACCGAGGAAAUGUAAGAAGGAAAUAUCGAAUUUCAGGACUGACAUCACAGCCUACAAGAGAGCUAAUGUAUAUAAAAUAUUGGCCUCAUUCCUCUUUAUUCUGCAUUUCUAAUUGUCUUUUGCUCUUUAAUAUUGUUUCCACUGAGUUGUUUUGCUACAGUUUCCCUCUUGAUGAGCAGAUGAACAUGAAAUCUGUAGUUGAGUACUUCCAAGAGAAGUAUGGAUAUACCAUUCAGUAUACACAUUUGCCUUGCCUUCAAGUAGGAAACCAGAAGAAGGUGAAUUAUCUACCCAUGGAGGCAUGUAAGAUACUUAAAGGACAGAGAUACACCAAAGGACUAAACGAAAAGCAAAUAACUUCCUUGUUGAAAGUUUCUUGUCAAAGACCCUCAGAUCAAGAAAUAGACAUUUUACAGACUGUUAAUCAGAAUGCAUAUGAGGAAGAUCCGUAUGCAAAAGAGUUCGGAAUCAGCAUUGACAACAAGCUUACAUCAGUUGAAGCACGAGUUCUUCCAUCUCCAUGGCUAAAAUUUAACGACGCGGGAAAAGAAAAGGAACAUCUUCCACAAGUUGGUCAGUGGAAUAUGAUGAACAAGAAAGUAAUAAACGGAAGUGUUGUAAGAUACUGGGCUUGUAUCAAUUUCUCGCGCAACGUCCAAGAGAGCAUUGCUCGUGGUUUCUGUCAACAGCUGGUCCAGAUGUGCCAAAUUUCUGGCAUGGAAUUUAACCCAGAUCCUGCGGUUCCUAUAUACUCAGCAAGACCAGAUCAAGUGAAGAAGGCCUUAAAAUUUGUAUAUAGUUCAGUUUAUAACAAACAUGAAGGGAAAGAGUUAGAGUUACUUAUAGCUAUUCUUCCCGACAGCAAUGGCUCUUUAUAUGGUGAUCUUAAAAGGAUCUGCGAAACAGAGUUGGGAUUGAUCUCCCAGUGUUGUCUAACAAAGCAUGUCUUCAAGAAGAGCAGACAGUAUUUAGCAAAUGUGUCACUUAAGAUCAACGUCAAGAUGGGGGGAAGAAACACUGUUCUUUUAGAUGCUUUGCGGUCAAGAAUUCCACUAGUCAGUGACAUACCAACAAUAAUCUUUGGAGCUGACGUUACCCAUCCAGAAUCAGGGGAGGAUUCUCUUCCAUCAAUAGCUGCCGUUGUGGCCUCCCAAGAUUGGCCAGAAGUUACAAAAUAUGCCGGAUUAGUAUGUGCUCAACCUCACCGAGAAGAACUGAUUCAAGAUUUGUUCAAAACGUGGAAAGAUCCUCACCGGGGCAUGGUUGCCGGUGGCAUGAUAAGGGAGCUCUUGCUUUCAUUUAAGAAGGCCACAGGACAAAAACCAUUGAGGAUAAUAUUCUACAGGGAUGGUGUCAGUGAGGGUCAGUUCUACCAGGUUUUACUGCAUGAACUUGAUGCGGUACGCAAGGCUUGUGCUUCACUAGAACCCAGUUACCAACCUCCAGUAACUUUUAUCGUUGUCCAAAAGCGACAUCAUACCAGACUUUUUGCAUCCAAUCACAAUGAUAGAAGCAGCACUGACAAGAGCGGUAAUAUUUUACCAGGUACUGUCGUGGAUUCAAAGAUAUGUCAUCCGACCGAGUUCGACUUUUAUCUAUGCAGUCAUGCAGGGAUCCAGGGAACGAGUCGUCCUGCACAUUAUCAUGUUCUUUGGGAUGAAAACAACUUCAGUGCAGAUGAUAUUCAAUCUCUGACUAAUAACCUCUGCUACACGUAUGCUCGGUGCACAAGAUCAGUGUCAGUAGUUCCUCCAGCAUACUACGCUCAUUUAGCAGCGUACAGAGCUCGAUUCUAUGUGGAACCCGACGCCCAGGAGAACGCCAAAAGGUGCUGCACUCGCACCACAAAUGGGACCUGCGUCCGGCCUCUGCCUGCACUGAAAGAGAGAGUGAAAAAUGUGAUGUUCUAUUGUUGACGCAAUAAAACAGAGAGAGAGAGAGAGAGCGCGCGCGAUCGGAAAGUGAUUUGUUCAAUAUAUAUACACAUUUUGAGAAACAGGGUCCGCAAUCAAAAUUUUGACCAAGCAUACGAU